AUGGCAACACCAACGCGGCACCUAUGCCGCACGCUACUCCAGGCCGGUCGGCAACAGCUGCCAGCGAAACGGAAAUGGGGACCACAGUGCCUCCGAGCUCCCCAGAGAAUACCUCCUCCUUUCCGAACAUAUUCAACCACUCCAAUUCGUCAGGCAGACAGACCCAAGUCUGAAGAAUUGCCCGAGGAAGCCUCCGCCAGUGAAUUGGAAAGAACCGAGGAAGGGAAGGGUCCCUACUGGGUCGAAUUGCCAGAGCGCGAUGAUGAUGGGGAAAAAAGAUUCCUCCGACUCGGGUCGGCCAAGAAGGAUACUGUUGGCGGAGAGGAUGGAUUUUGGUUGAACGAAGCGGACGCCCUGAAAUUCGAAUCAUUCUACCCUCAGGCCCCGGAUCCGAAAGAUUACCUGUCACCGGCACAACCCAUCGUUGCCGAAGAGGUCAGUCCCGAAGAGCUGGAGCAAAUGAAAGAACUCCUUGGAGGCAAGCCUGGUGAUCCUAUCGGCCUCUACAACCACUUGAUGGCAUUAGCUGAAUCUCUCGAUGGAGAGAAAGGCUUGGAUCCGGCGAUAAUGGACGACAUGGAACGGGAUAUCAACGCCGAGGAGGACGUCGACUUUCCUAUAGAUACGCUGUCGAAACGUGACGUGGGCUGGUUUGCUGACGAUGAGGAUGCCGAUGAGUUCGCCAUGAACGAAGAUGCCGAUGAUGAUAUUGAUGAUUCGCAUAUCACAUCUGUUGCACACAGUCAGUUGGAGGUGCACCGUGAAGUCAGAGAGUAUACUCGAGUGGUCGCUUGGGACAUGCCAUUAUUGACGAAUUUCGUCAAAGAGUUCAAACCUCCCACAGAAAGUCAACCUCUACGGUUCCGAUACACAACCUACAUGGGAGAAUCGCAUCCCGCAGCCAAGAAAGUCGUGGUGCAGUUUUGCACCAAAGAUCUGGCCGGCCUGACAGAGGAGCAACGGCUGAAACUGAUCAAACUUGUCGGACCGCGUUACGACCCGGACAAUGACAUUGUGAAGAUGUCCAGCGAAAAGUUUGAAGCACCGGCGCAGAACAAACGAUAUCUGGGAGAUCUCGUCAACAAACUCAUUGAUGAGGCGAAGAAUGGCGAAGACAACUUCAAAGAUAUCCCGCUCGAUCUGAGACACCACAAGAGUAAAAAGCACAUCAAGUUUCCCGACGAGUGGAGGAUCAAGCCUGGACGAAUCCAAGAGCUGUUACUGGCGAGACAGGAACAGAAACUCCUAGUGGAUGCAACCCCGGUCAAUCCUCUGGAUGGGAAGGGUUUGGUGCACAGUUAUGUAGAAUCACUCACGGCGAAGAAGACUCCUGCCAAAGGUCGCAUGUUGUAA